UCCCCCUUUCUCUCGCUCUUCUCCAUUGUGGUGAGUGUGAGUAGUCUCGUUUGUCGCCAUGGUAAGUCCAUCGGCCUUCAUCCGCUCCGGGGUGGCUUCCCCAGAGCUGAGGCAGCCGUAAGAUAGUCGGGCCAGUCCUGAGCGUCAAGGGCUGGGAGCAUUGUAAAGGUUUUCUCAAGAGAAAGUCGAAUUUUGCUACUGGUGUAGUCUGCGGGCCUGGCGGGAAGCUAGUUCAGCAGCGAUUAUCUUAAGAGGGGCGAGCUGUGCUGCCGUCGCAGGUUCCGGGGGGACUUUCUUUGGUCUCUGGGCCGGGGUACCCGCUUCCCUUGGUAUGGAAGGAACUGUCAUUCUGAGACUGGGAGAGGUCGGAGAAAACCCCAGAUUCGUGGCCCCAAUAUGGCUGCCCGUAGCACGCGAGAUGUUCCUUGCAUCGCGAGGGGAAUGUUGGCUGCUGGUUUUCGGAAAAAGAUUAACUUGGUGCAGAGGAGCGUACGACGUUAUUAAGAACUUUUGUUCAGAGACCGUUUGUACAGAGACUUAAGGGUCAACCCGUGGAAGCAUCAAAAACAAGGGGUGGUGUGUGAACCUAUGUCAUUUGGGCAUAGCAAAUGGUAACAGCGGACCAAUCACUGUCGCGGGAUUUUCUUGCAAUAUUUUACAGAGAAAUUAAAAUGUUGAUUGGCUACUAUGUAUGUAGGGGUUUAGUACCUGGUGUUUUACUUGACAGAAAAUUUGCUUUACAACUGCUGCUGUGGGCCGGGAGAGAGGGGUGAACUUUCUCUUCUUCCUUUAUAAUGUCCCUAAUUGUUACACAAGGGUGUGUUGGACCAGAUUGGCUAGGCUGUAGGACUUCGCUCAUUCCAUUGCGCCGAAUUAUCCUGCAUAUUUAGUGGGGAGCUGGAGUUAGAUGACCUAAGUUCUCUAUGAAAGACAAAGAUGAAACUGGAAGUUGGGAAAAUCGUUACGACAUUUUAUUUAAUUUUUAUUUAUGUAUUUUUUGCAGUUUUUGGCCGGGGCUUUGUUUGAACCCAUCACCUCCGGCAUAUGGGGCCAGCGCCCCACCCCUUUGAGCCACAGGCACCACCCUAUUUUUUAUUUUUUUAGAGACAGAGUCUCACUUUGUCACCCUUGGUAGAGUGCCAUGCUCUUGGGCUUAGAGUGAUUCUCUUGCCUCAGUCUCUGAGCAGCUGGGACCACACUCACCACAAAGCCCGGCUAUUAUUGAUUGAUUGAUUUUUGAGACAAGAGUCUCAAGCUGUCGCCCUGAGUAGAGUGCCAUGGCAUCACAGCUCACAGCAACGUCAAACUCUUGGGCUUAAGCGAUUCUCUUGCCUCAGCCUGCCAAGUAGCUGGGACUAGGACAACUGCCACAACACCCAGCUGUUUUUUUUCUUGUUGCAGUUGCCAUUGUUUCAGCUGGCCUGGGCUGGGUUCGAACCCACCAGCCUCGGUGUAUGUGGCUGGCGCCCUCAUUAUGACAUCUUUUUUUAAGAGACAGAGUCGCACUUUGUCACCCUUGGUAAAGUGCCAUGGCGUCAUAGCUCACAGCAACCUCCAGCUCUUGGGCUUAGGUGAUUCUCUUGCCUCAGUCUCCCUAGUAGCUGGGACUACAGGCGCCCGGGUAUAUGGGGCCAGCACCCUACUCACUGAACCACAGGUGCCGCCCCAUUAUGACAUCUUAAAUAGUGCUAAGAUUCAUAGCAAAAUGGUGAGGGGUUAGAGUAGUUCUGAAUGUCAAGGACUUUGCAUAAGUCUUAAUUAUCUUUGCAAGAUCAUGUACAAACUACUCCUAUUUUACAAGUAGGACACUGAAACUAAUUUAAGUUGCCAGUGAUAGAUGGUUCUAUUUGACCUAAAGCUAUGUUCUUCCAGGAAGCCAAGUUCCUAGCCCUAGCUAUUCCCAAUGUGGUCAUUUGAAUCCUUGGGUGACAGCAGACCAGGGUAGACUGGAAAGUGCCCCCUCUGCUGGAAAGCAAAGAGGGCUUGGAUUUGAAUCCCACCUCUGCUCAUUAAUCUAGAUUUGGGUGGGUUACUUAACUUCCUGAUUCUGCUUAUUUAAAUUUGAACAAUGGAAACUGGUAUCUGCUUCCAGAGAAUUUGUGACAAUCAUAGGUUGUGGUAGUUUAGCAUUGAGAAGAUUUUUCAGGAAACAUUAAACACUCAUGUUUGAAUUGAGAGAAUUCUUGAGUUUGAAUCAUUGGGCUCUAGUAUUACUGUCUAAAUUGAUUGCAUUUCAUUCCCAGUCCUCUCAUAAGACUUUCAGAAUUAAGCGGUUUUUGGCCAAGAAACAAAAACAAAAUCGUCCCAUUCCCCAGUGGAUUCGAAUGAAAACUGGUAAUAAAAUCAGGUACAAUUCGAAGAGGAGACACUGGAGAAGAACCAAGCUGGGUCUAUAAGAAAUUACACAUGAGACGGCAUGUACUUAUGCUGUAUUACGGUCACUAUCAUCAUCUUACCAUAUCAAGCUGAAAAUGUCAUCAGUUGAACAUUUGCCACACUUCAUUGGGAAAAUGAGUUUUCUCUUCAUUUAUGUGCUAUUCCCUAAUAAGUUGGUGCAGUAAUAAAUAUGUGAGACCUUGUGUUUGAAGUACUGAGUUGCCCCUCCCCCAGAAGACCUAACACAACACUGUCCUGUAGAACUUUCUGCAAUGAUAGAAAUGCCCCUAGCUACCAAGUUCUUGACAUGCUUAAUAUAGUUUCACUUUUUCAGUUUAUUAUAAUUAAAUUUACAAUUUUUUUUGUUUUGUUUUGUUUUUUGAGACAGUCUCUGUUGCCCAUUGACCCAGGCUAGAGUGAUGUGGUGUCAGCUGAGCUCACAACAACCUCAAAUUCCUGGGCUCGGGCGGCGCCUGUGGCUCAAGGAGUAGGGCACCGGUCCCAUAUGCUGGAGGUGGCAGGUUCAAACCCAGCCCCGGCCAAAAGAAAAAAAAAAAAAUGUAGCUGCAGUAAAUGAUAAUAGACUUUAAAAAAAAAAGAGGGCGGCGCCUGUGGCUCAGUCCGUAGGGCGCCGGCCCCAUAUACCGAGGGAGGCGGGUUCAAACCCGGCCCCGGCCAAACUGCAACCAAAAAAUAGCUGGGCGUCGUGGCGGGCGCCUGUAGUCCCAGCUGCUCGGGAGGCUGAGGCGAGAGAAUCGCUUAAGCCCAGGAGUUGGAGGUUGCUGUGAGCUGUGUGAGGCCACGGCACUCUACCGAGGGCCAUAAAGUGAGACUCUGUCUCUACAAAAAAAAAAAAAAAAAAAGAAAAAGAAAAUUCCUGGGCUCACCCCAGUAGCUGGGACUAUAGUCUCCUGUCAUGACACCUGGCCAGUUUUUUUUCUAUUUUUAGUAGAGAUGAGGUCACUUGCUCAGGCUGGUCUUAAAAGCUCAGGCAAUCCUCCCACCUCUGGCCUCCCAGAGUGCUAGGAUUACAGGUGUGAGCCACAUUCUUCCUUAAACAUCUGCAUAAAGCUGUUCUAUACCAGUUCUUUUUAUUUUUUUGAGACAGUCUCAAGCUGUUGCCUUAGGUAGAGUGCUUCUGGCAUCAUGGCUCACAGCCACCUCAAACUCUUGAACUUAAGCAAUUCUCUUGCCUCAGCCUCCCAAGUAGCUGGGACUACAGGCUCCCGCCACAAGGCCCGGCUAUUUUUUGGUUAUAGUUGUCAUUGGUAGCCCUGGGCUGGAUUCGAACCCACCAGCUCUGGUGUAUAUGGCUGGCGCCGUAGCCACUGAGCUGUAGGCGCCAAGCGUAUACCAAUUUUUUUUUUUAAUAAAUCAUAGCUGUGUACAUUGAUACAAUUAUGGGAUACAAUGUACUGCUUUUGUAUACAAUUUGACGUUUUCAUCACACUGGUUAACAUAGCCUUCAUGGCAUUUUCUUAGUUAUUGUGUUAAGACAUUUAUAUUCUACACCUAGUAAAUUUCACAUGUACCCUUAUAAGAUGCACCCUGGGUGUGGUCCCACUAUUUACCCUCCCUCUACCAAUUUUUUUCAAUUAAGUCAUAGCUGUGUACAUUAAUGUAAUCGUGGGGUACAAUGUGCUGGUUUUAUAUACAAUUUGAAAUGUUUUCAUCAAAGAAGUUAAAUACUCUUCACGGCAUUUUCUUAGUUAUUGUGUUAAGACAUUUACAUUCUACACCUAGUAAAUUUCACAUGUACCCUUGUAAGAUGCACCCUAGGUGUGGUCCCACCAGUUACCCUCCCUCUACCCAUCCUCCCCUCCCUCUAUACCAAUUCUUUUUUUUUUAAUUAAGUCAAUGGUGUACAUUAAUGUAAUCAUGGGGUGCAAUGUGCUGGUUUUAUAUACAAUUUGAAAUGUUUUCAUCAAACUGGUUAACAUAGUCUUCACAGCAUUUUCUUAGUUAUUGUGUUAAGACAUUUAUAUUCUACACCUAGUAAAUUUCACAUGUACCCUUAUAAGAUGCACCCUAGGUGUGGUCCCACCAGUUACCCUCCCUCCACCCAUCCUCCCCUCUCUAUACCAAUUCUUUUUUUUUUUUAAAUUAAAUCGAAGCCGUGUACAUUAAUGUAAUCAUGGGGUGCAAUGUGCUGGUUUAUAUACAAUUUGAAAUGUUUUCAUCAAACUGGUUAACAGUCUUCACAGCAUUUUCUUAGUUACUGUGUUAAGACAUAUUCUACACCUAAUAAAUUUCACAUGUACCCUUGUAAGGUAACACGCUAGGUGUGGUCCCACCAGUUACCCUCUCUCCACCCAUCCUCCCCUCCCUCUAUAGCAAUUUUUUUUUUUUUAAUUAAAUCAUAGCCGCGCACAUUAAUGUAAUCAUGGGGUGCAAUAUGCUGGUUUUAUAUACAAUUUGAAAUGUUUUCAUCAAACUGGUUAACAUAGUCUUCGCGGCAUUUUCUUAUUAUGUUAAGACCUUUAUAUUCUACAUUUAAUAAAUUUCACAUGUACCCUUGUAAGAUGCACCCUAGGUAUGGUCCCACCAGUUACCCUCCCUCCACCUAUCCUCCCCUCCCUCUAUACCAAUUCUUUUUUUUUUUUAAAUUAAAUCAUAGCUGUGUACAUUAAUGUAAUCAUGGGGUGCAAUGUGCUGGUUUUAUGUACAAUUUGAAAUGUUUUCAUCAAACUUGUUAAUAUAGUCUUUGCGGCAUUUUCUUAGUUAUUGUGUUAAGACAUUUAUAUUCUACACCUAGUAAAUUUCACAUGUUGUACCCUUGUAAGAUGCACCGUAGGUGUGGUCUCACCAAGUACCCUCCCUCUAUACUAAUUUGUUUUUAUUAAGUCAUAGCUGUGUACAUUAAUGUAAUCAUGGGGUACAAUGUGCUGGUUUUAUAUACAAUUGAAAUGUUUAUAUCAAACUUGUUAACAUAGUCUUCACGGCAUUUUCUUAGUUAUUGUGUUAAGACAUUUAUAUUCUACACUUAGUAAAUUUCACAUGUACCCUUGUAAGAUGCACCGUAGGUGUGGUCCCACCAAUUACUCUCCACCCAUCCUCCCCCCCACCCCAUCUCCCCUUUCCCCUUCUUCUUGGGCUAUAAUUGGGUUAUAGCUUUCAUAAUAAAGCUGUAAAUUGGUUUCAUAGUAAGACUGAGUACAUUGGAUACUUUUUCUUCCAUUCUUGAGAUAUUUUGCUAAGAAGAAUAUGUUCCAGCUCCAUCCAUGUAAACUCCCUCCACCCAUCCCCCCUCCCCUCCCUCUAUAAGCAA